GCGGCGGCGGAGCGUUGCUCGUCUGUACCUACAGCUGCGUCGCUCGUGGGGCCGCGCCUCCCUAAAGGCCUGCGGGCGGGCGAGCGAGUGGAAGAGAGCCGGUGAGGGCGAGCGGGCUGGAUGGGGAGGGCGCCCAGGGUCGCGGGCCGCUGAGCGGGGCCGCGCUGUUGUCGCUGGCCUGGCUGCGCCCCCUCCGCCGCCGCUGCCCCGAGACCGGCGCGGUGCGCUGCUUUGGUGGAGGAGACUGUCUCCACUUUACGUCCCCCCGCGAGCGUGACGCGGGGUGCCCGCCCCGCCGGACAGGUGCUGCCCUUCGAGUCGCCGAUUCUGACGCGGAGCCUGACCUCUGCGGUCCUGAUCGGGCCAGUGCGUGUGGGUAGCCGGAGUUUAUCUUGGAGGAACACGGGCUGCGCAGGUAUAAAACUCAAAACAUGAGCAACCAUAUAUAUAACCAGUGUUCAAAGCUGAUUUGGCUAGAACUGGAAUACAGUUGCCUACAGCAUAUUCCAGAGGAAUUAGAAAAGUCAAAGUAAUGGAUAACAGAAAAGAUCCUCCAUUCUUCAAUGAAGAUAACGUGGGACCACUUUACUACAGACUUCCUUUUUAUGAUACCAUGGAGCUCUUCAUUGAAACACUGACUGGAACUUGUUUUGAGCUGAGAGUUUCACCCUUUGAAGCUAUUAUUUCAGUGAAAGCGAAAAUUCAAAGAUUGGAAGGUAUUCCCAUCUGUCAGCAGCACUUAAUUUGGAAUAACAUGGAACUUGAAGAUGAUUACUGCUUGAAUCAUUACAACAUUUCAGAAGGUUGUACCUUGAAGCUGGUUUUGGCUAUGCGCGGUGGACCUAUAAACACUAGUAGAGUUCCUAUGGAAGAUCCCCUUAAGGAGAUGGCUGAGUACAUGGGUUCCAGUCGAGAUGAGGUCUGGGAGAAGACCUCCUGCAACAAGCAAGUUACACUUUUGGUAUACCAAGAAGGAGAUCAAUUGAAUUUCUUCCGUGUAGUAGACAGGGGAGACGGCACUCUAACACCAUUAUCUGAAUCUUUAAGUAGUGGUUCUGUGUAUAGUUUGUAUGCUGAUGAAGAUGAGGAAAUAGAGCCUUCUCCUUCUGGGCAACAGAUAAUUGAAAAUUCAAUAACUAUGAAUAAGAUGAAGCUGCUGAAGGCUAAGAUGGAGAACAUGAAUCUCAGCAAAAAGCCUAAGAAAGCUGUCAAGGUAAAACCUCGUCCACCCAUAGCUCCUCGACCUUCUAGUAGUUCCACAGCAGCUGCUCGCCAUAGAUUGUUAAGAGUUCUUCCCCACAUUGGGCAGUCUUGUUUACCUUCUCCUGGGAACACAUAUCUACCUGACUUGGCCAGCAGUGCAGUUUCAAGUUUGGCAGCUCUGCCCCCUGCUGAUAGACCCAUAUCAUCUAUCACUAGUGAUUUCCUUAAAGAAGAUGAUAACUGGGAGAGUUACACACUGUCUCAUUCCAGUAGUGGCUUCAAACUGCCAUCUCAGGUACCUCAUAUGGAGUUUGAAACUGACAAAGAGCUUGCUGAUACUAUUCUCCAUCUUGGAUCAUCCCUGCCUAGGCGGACAAAGCACUUUUCAGGAAAUCUGUCAUCUAACAAUGAGGAUGACACUGUUUUAUUUCCAACUUCAGAAGAGUGUGUAACUGAAGAAUCACUUCUACCUGAAGUGGGUUCAUUUGCUUCCAUUACAGAAGGAAAUGCUGAUGAACAGAGCAGUGGUGUAGAAGGCACACGGAAGGUAAACCCAGAAUUCUCUCUCAUUAAUGGUGAUAAAGGGUUGAAAGCUAAAGAGCAGCUUAAACAUGUUGCAAAAGUGUUGAAUGGUGAAUCAGUAGAGCCUUCAGUUCUCAAACACCAUGAAUUAAGUCCUCACAAGAAUAGACUCUUAUCACCUCUUCGCUGUUCUGCACCAAUGUCAUUCCAUAAUUCUCUGGUGAAACCACAGAGACAGUCCAAGUGUUUUGAGUCUGGGAGCCUCCAGUCUUCUGCUUCACAAAACGUGCUUCGGUCCUUGGAUGUUCGAAAUAUAACUGAUUCUUCUUUCUCUAGGACUACUCGCUUUCGAGCUGUUAAAGUUGAUUCACCUGGGAAAAGAUCUGAUAUUAUUUCUAAAGUUGAGGCUCGGGAUAUCACAGAAAUGGCUAACAGGGCAUCCAAAGAGCCUGUUGGUUUUGUAAAUAAUAUAGGUUUUCUUGCUUCGCUGGCCCAGAGUGCAAGCAGAGACAGCUUACAGAGUGCACGUGGGGCAGGCAGGCUGCGGACCUCUGGAAUUGGGCUGUCUGCAAACCUCCAGCAUUUUCAGGAAGAAAGCCUUAGGAAAAGUUCUCCUCAGUUAGAACCUACAGAAUUUUUUUUAUCUGCCCGUGGUAUUGGAAUGAAUGGAAAUAAUACAACAUCAGGGAAAAGAGUAGGAGAAUGUACUCAUCACCUCCCACCUGUGAAAGCCCCUAUUCAAACAAAGAAGAAAACAACAAAGCAUUGUUUUCUUUGUGGAAAGAAAACUGGACUGGCUACUAGCUACGAAUGCAGAUGUGGAAACAACUUCUGUGCAUCUCAUCGCUAUGCAGAAACUCACAGCUGCACCUAUGAUUACAAGAGUGCAGGGAGGAGAUACUUACAGGAGGCAAAUCCUGUGGUUAAUGCACCAAAACUUCCAAAAAUCUAACUCUUGCUCUGCGCCUAACUGUUCUGCACAAGGAAUCGUAUUACAGUGACAGAAGAAAUGUUGUUUAGACUGCAUUAUUUUUGUUCGACUCCAAAAGACUUGCCAAAUAACAAAAGCUUAUUAUGCACACUGUUGGAGAAGGAGAAAGCUACUGUAUUUGACACCUUUAUUCUUUGGUGAAUCAAAAAGUUUUAAAAGUAGUUUUAAAAACUUUAUAAUGAUGUAGCUUUGUUAUUACAUGUCUUGUGUUAAGUAUUGAUAUUGCAAUUUUACUAAACAAGUCUUCAAAAGAUGCACUUUAGGAAGUUAACAUUGACUGUGUAACCAGCUUCCAUGUUGUACAGAAAUGAGCUGUCAUAUAAUGGCUCUACUCAAAUCUACAGUUUUUUUGUGGGGGUGGUGUGGGUGGGGAUUUAAAAAAAACCCAUACGUGAAAGUUCAUUGAGUUUACUGGCAAGUUCCUUUUUAUGUCAAGCUUUUUAUAAAAAAAGAACAUUUGGUUUUCCAGUGUGGUUUUAACAUAUGUAUUUCUUCUAUAUUCAGAUUGGCAUUUGGAUAUGUAUCCAUUCUACAAUAUAAAACACAUCAUGUAAAUCAUAGUAUAUAUUUCUUAAAAUAUUGCUUUUUGAAUGGUAGUCCCACUUGUUGCCAUUAAAUAGAGAACCCAACUUUUCACUUUUUGAAAAAUGAGUAUAUUGAAAACAAAAUCUCACAGCUUGGUUUGUUUUUCUUAUGUUGAGUGCUAUUACCAGGAAAAAUUCAAAUAAAUAUUCAAUUUCAUUAUGAUUUUGAUUUGAUUACUUACAAUAAUUUUCUCCUAUAAAUACUUAAAAGAUAAAACCAUUUAAAUAAAUCAGUAAUUUAUUCUGCUUGGAAAAAAUGACUAUCAGUAUAAAAGAAUUCUUUUACAGUAUAAGGAUCCUGCUCCCCAGAUACAGCUAAUACAGCAUUCAAGCUUUGAGGAGGCCACUUGCUUUAUGGAAGCUUAGUUGAAUCUGAUGCUGAACCCUGGCAAAUAGCUAACAGGCAACCCAAGUGGACUCUGCAACUCUAGUCCAACCCAGGUGGGAUGUGCAUGGGUACCAGAGGCUAACAGAGGUGAACAAAAUGGAGAGUUCUGUUACCCUUCCUCUAUUUCUUGUGCUCAGUUGUGUCCAACUCUUUGCAACCACAUGGACUGUAGUCCACCAGGCUCCUCUGUAUAUGAGAUUUUUUCCAGGCAAAAAUACUAGAGUGGGUUGCCAUUUCCUACUCCGGGGGAUCUUCCUGACCCAGGGAUUGAACCAGCAUCUCUUAUGUCUCCUGCAUUGGCAGGCAGAUUUUUUACCACUGUGCCAGCUGGGAAGCCCUCUACUUCCCUCUACUAUUAGGGGUUAAUAGCAUACUUUUUAAGGGGGCUAUCUGUAUAGGCUAGUGAAAAAUAUUUCUGUGUCGCGUAGUUCACUUUUUCUUCCCUUUAUCAAGACCACCUGUGCUUUAGAUAUUUAAAAUCUUAAGAACUCUGUUAUGUAGAUAGGCUGCUGAAAAAUGGACCAAAACAUUUUAUUCUAUAGAUAAAAAUGAAUGCUUAGGACAUAUUUGAUAUAUGCUUAGUGCACUAUGCUUUUUAAACCAAGACCAUGCAUAGUAGAAAUCAAUCUUGCUUUAAGUUUACCAGAGAUUUUGGUCAAAGUUGAGUCUUUUUACUAAUUUCUAAGUCACUGAGAAUUAAACCAGUAUAAUUCAAGAAAUUAUAUCAUUAUUGGGAGGCAUUUCUUUAUGUCUUAAAUUCUUAUGAGAAAGUGAUCAUAAUUUUUAGAGACCUCAGAUCUAUCCUUGAAUUGCUAGUAAAUAGAAUGCCUUACAUAUAGGCACUGGUUGAACAUUAGUUAAAUUAAUUAAUUGUAUUGGACAGUUUAACCAUAAUAAAAAUAAAUGCAUUUAUACUGUUUAUAUAACUGACUUUAAUAAAAUCUAGCUUCUGGAUUUUUUAGAACAGUAAGCAUUUGGUUUUAGCAGCACUAAAAAU